AUGCCUCCUCCGCUGUCAUCCCUGCCUUGGCAUAACAGUCAAUCGCACGCAGUAGCGGGUCCUCUGUCUGCAGAAAGACAACUCGCAGAACUGGCCUUCGAUAUAGUCUUGGAGAUCAGCUUGCGUGGGGGCGGCACGUUGGACUCGUCGCAUGCUUUGGCCGACGACGUGCGCAUGCAUCUUUUCAACGUGUUUCUGGCAGCUGCAGGGUUGGAUGCCGCGCUAGCCCUGCUCGGCAGCAGUGUUUAUGAUGCCAAGCGUUUUGCGCCGCACCGGGAUAAAGUCGCCACCAUUGCUAACCUUCUUUGCGAUUCGCUUCAGGCUGUAUGCGGAAAGCUUGAGACAGCUUCUGCACAAGAUGUUCUAGCUUCUCAGGCAUCUGGCGCAGUUGAUUUGCUGGCAGGCAUUUUGACAGGGCCAGUAAGAAGCCUAAUCGGCUCUGACGACAGCCGCCCAGUCGCAGGCGACGCAAGUUCGACAUGCGACUUGCAUUCCGUGCUCCGCACCACAGGCUGCACAGCAGUGACUCUUCUUGAAGAAUUUGUUUUUCGGUGGCCUCACUGUUUGCAGCCGCUCCCUGACAACCGCGUCGAUGACGGUCGUCGUGAUGCACGCGGAAUGCAAGCUUUGGUGGUCGUGCACGAGUUCUUAUUGAAUUCGAAAGACCUUGGUCGCUUCCUCGUUCGAUUAUUUUUGCGAGCAUUUUUGCAAGUGGAGGGUUGUGCACAGGUCGCAUCACCGAAACAAGUCUCGUCCGGCAUCUCCGUGGACACGCUGAUAGCAAUAGAUGCGGAAGUCAGUCUUUGCACCGGUCACGUGCCGAAGGCGGCACUUACCGAUUCAAGCGUUGUGUUUGAUGAUGAAAUGAAGAACUGGGUGGCAGCAUUGCUCGAAAUGGAACUCUGCUUUCCGGCCUUUUGCUCUUUCUUGGCAUCUUGCAGCUGGUCCGUGGCCAAUGCGACACUGGAGUGCAUGGUUGUGAACUCAUCCAGGCUGGCACAGACAGGAACAAACCUGUCAGUCUGUCCUCCAAGACCCGUCCGGCAGGUUGCCUCACUGCUGCACCUGGCUGCUGCACGCUUUGGGCGACUUUCCGACUCCUCCGCCUUGCCCGAGUUGCACUUUCAUGACCUCGUGGUGCAGCUUUUGCUUGCACAGUCGCCCGGGAAACCGUGGAUGCAAGGGAGCCAAAGCGAUUCCAGUAUGUUGGCAGAGGUGUUUGCUUACCUUUGGGGCAUUGGGCAAGUUUCCUUCUGGUACACUGUGCCGUUGGCCAUGGAUUUGCGAAGGGAAGUGGCUCGAGCAUUGUCCGUGCUGCUGGAAAACAGGGACACUGUUCAGGCAAUAGCCUUGUCAGAAGACAAUGCUUCCUGUCUUGGGGUCCUGCGCCAAGUGCUUCGAAAUGCGCCGGGCAGCUUUCCAUUGUUCACUUCGACACAGCCUGGAGCUUCGGAUGCUUCGGUGUUUGACCUGCUUUCGGAAACAUGGACUCCUCCAGGCAGAGUUCUCCUCGCAGCUCUCGUCCAACUGUGGCAGAUAUCAGACCAUACUAGUGAUGGAUGCGGCCUGGAGACACUUGCCAGGCUGCUCUCCCCAGUUUUGCGUGCAAGCACAUAUCUUAUCGCGGUCUGCCCGCGACCGGCCGAUCUUUUCUCAGGUUCUGACGAUGUCAAGACUGUCCUGCGAGUUGCAGUUCAACUUGUGAUGUCGCCUCCCGCGAUGUCGGAUGCAAGCCCGAACGACUGGCAGCGACUAGGCGGCGAGCUGAUGGUGCCACUGUUGCACCGGCCGCCAGUGGUGGAGAUGCUGAAUGAUCCUGUGGAUCAGGUAUUGUGUGAUAUCAAAGGUGGGAUAGAAGCUUUAACAUGGUGUGCCAGCUACACACUGAGUGGGGCUGGUCUCCCUGGGAGUUGGGGUUCCAAGGCAAAGUCCUUGCUCAGUUUUGUUUCGGCGCAGAGCUCCCAAACUGCACCGUCGCCGCCAGAGAGGUCUUGCUCUGAAGUUGCUCGUGGAAAUGCUGUCGAUGCUGGUUUUAGCGAGUCUAAUUCCACGGAAGAAGACGAUGCCACAGCAGCGGCGGUGCAGGCUAGGAACCUGCAGGAGGAGCUCUCGGCAUUGAACGCCGAGCUCGGAGCCUUGGAUCUCGAGCUUGCGGAGACGUCGUCUCAGGGAGAAAGGGAUUGCGGAUCGCCGGAG